AUGACUGUUGAUGAGCUAAAGGCCUUCGUUGCUCUAAUCUACGUUCGUGGUGCACAAGGUGGAAAAGGCCUGGACUUGGGGAGCUUUUGGUCAGCUGACUGGGGCUGUGCAUUUUUCAAGAAGACCAUGUCCCGAAACAGAUUUCAGGAAAUCUUACGAUUCCUGCGUUUUUACAAAAAGGAGACCAGACGCACACGUCUGCAGGAGAACAAGUUUGCCCUGGUAUCUGAAGUUUGGGAGAGAUUUGUCCAGAACUGCAUCACUUGCUACAAACCAGGUGCUGAUAUAACUGUUGAUGAGCAGCUCUUCCCAACAAAAGCAAGGUGCAGCUUCAUCCAGUAUAUAGCUAGCAAACCUGACAAAUUUGGUAUCAAGUUCUGGCUUGCUGCUGAUGUUGAUACCAAAUAUAUGCUGAAUGCUGCGCCAUAUCUGGGCAAAGAUGAGACACGGAGGCCAGGACAGCGACUGGGAGACAGUGUGGUGUUGAAAUUGGCUAAGCCUUUCCUGGGGAAGGGGAGAAACAUCACGACUGAUAACUUCUUUACUUCCCUUGAACUUGCCAAGGCACUAAAGGCCCAGAAAACCAGCCUGGUUGGUACGGUAAAUAAGAGCAGACGAGAGCUUCCUCCAUCUGUAAAGGAGCAAAGGGCCCUGCACACUACAGAGGUGCUGAAAUGUGACAGUGCAACCCUAACAGUCUAUCAGUGCAAACCAAGGAAAAAUGUCUCCAUUCUAAGCACUGUCCACACAGCUGUCAACAUCACAGGUGGCCAAAAGGCCAAACCAGAGACUGUUACAUACUACAACAGAACCAAGGUUGGAGUAGAUGUGCUUGAUCAAAUGGCGAGGAAAUACUCAGUGAAAGCACCUACACGAAGAUGGCCAUUGGCGGUCUUUUAUAAUAUUCUUGACCUGGCUGCCAUAAAUGCUUCGAUCCUGUUCAAGAAAUGCACCGAUGAGAUGAUGUCACGGAGGAACUUCAUACUGCGACUCGCAAAUGAACUUCGCUCCGGACACAUGACAGCGAAAGCCAGACAAAUGAUGGUGCGAGAGCCCCGGUUGGAGCAGCAGAAGAUGGAGAGGAGAAGGCAGUGCCAAGUGCAAAGAAAGUGUAAGAAAAACAAAGCAAAGGAUACUUGUGUCAAAUGUCACAAGGUAGUGUGCGGGAGCUGCACAUGGAAGGUACAGGUUACCUGUGCUGACUGUGAGUGA